AUGUUGGAUAGGAAACCUGAAAAUAAUACCUUCUUGGGAGAAAGAAUAGCUGGUACUGGAGAAGCUGUAGAAGGCCUUCGAGAGAGUGACUAUCUUCUGAUUCAUUCAUGCCGGCAGUGGACGACAAUUACAGCUCACAGUCUGGAGGAGGGUCACUACGUCAUAGGGCCAAAGAUAGAAAUCCCUGUACAUUAUGCAGGGCAGUUUAAGCUGCUGGAACAAGACCGAGAUAUUAAGGAGCCAGUGCAGUAUUUUAACAGUGUGGAGGAGGUGGCUAAAGCAUUUCCUGAACGAGUUUACGUCAUGGAGGAAAUAACAUUCAACGUUAAGGUGGCUUCAGGUGAAUGCAAUGAAGACACUGAGGUUUACAACAUUACACUUAGUACUGGGGAUGAGCUCACUUUAAUGGGGCAAGCAGAAAUCCUUUAUGCAAAAUCUUCUAAGGAGAAGUCACGACUCAACACCAUCUUCAAGAAAAUUGGGAAACUUAAUUCCAUUAGUAAGCUAGGCAGAGGUAAAAUGCCCUGCCUCAUCUGCAUGAACCACAGGACCAAUGAAAGCAUCAGUCUCCCUUUCCAGUGUAAAGGCAGGUUUAGUACCCGCAGCCCAUUGGAGGUGCAGAUGCAAGAAGGUGAGCACACCAUUCGCAACAUAGUAGAAAAAACUAGGCUGCCUGUUAACGUAACUGUGCCGAGUCCUACACCAAGAAACCCUUAUGACCUGCAUUUUAUCCGGGAAGGGCACAGAUAUAAGUUUGUCAACAUUCAGACCAAGACUGUGGUGGUUUGUUGUGUUCUUCGUGGCAACAAAAUUAUUCCAAUGCAUUUUCCCUUACACUUGACACUUCCGAAAUUUACCCUGCCUGACAGCCUUGUGAAAGGGGAGCUGUGGCAUGAAUCCCUUAUCCAGCACUGGUUUAAUAUAUGCCAGGAACAGUUUGACAUAGAUGAGUAUUCCCGAGCCGUGCGAGAUGUGAAAACUGACUGGAAUGAAGAUUGCAAGAGCCCGAAGAAAAGUAGAUGCACGGGGCACAGCCAUGUGCCGAAUUCCCUGAGCUAUGCCCGGGAUGAACUAACGCAGUCCUUCCAUCGGCUGUCGGUGUGCGUCUAUGGAAACAAUUUGCAUGGGAAUAGUGAAGUGAAUCUUCACGGCUGCAGGGACUUGUGUAACGAAUGGGCCCUGUUUUCUCACGAUGCUCUUCAGUACCAGGAUUCUGGUGACAGUAGCAGUGAUUAUCUUUUUCCUGAAGUUAGUGAAGAAUCAAUGUUUCUACCUACAAAGCCAGAACUUCCUUAUGAAGAGCUGUGGUUGGACCAAGGGUCUGGUAAGCCUGGAGACCAGCCCCUUACUCGCUCGCUAAGUGAAAAGAACAAAUGUGACAAUUACAGAGGCUCUUUCCGAUCAAAGUGUGGUACCGCACCUCUUCCUGUGCCUGGGACUAUUGGAGCAACAACCAAGUCUUCAGAUGUUUCCCUACCUCCACCUCCAGUGCCUCCCAAAUCAGAAGCAGUGAGAGAGGAAUGCAGGCUCCUGAAUGCUCCCCCAGUUCCACCACGGAGUUCAAAGCCGUCCUCCUCCACCAGUCCGUCCAUUCCUCCUCGCACAGUCAAACCUGCACGGCAGCAGACCCGUUCACCUAGCCCCACUCUAUCCUACUAUUCUUCAGGACUGCACAACAUCAGUGUUACAGAGAACGACAACACAAACACAACUGAGAGCACACCUGUUUCCUGCUACCCUUGUAACAUGAUGAAAACCGAAUCCAAAGAGCCCAAUAGCACGAUGCCUUUUGGAAGCCCCUCAGCUGAAGCUCUAUCUUGUAGGUUAUCUUGGCCAAACCAUUUUUCAGGAACUGCUGAAGGCCUAAACAGGAAUGAUUUCCUGCUAGAUCCAAGCAGGAGCUAUAGCUACCCCAGGCAGAAGACUCCAGGCACGCCAAAGAGAAACUGUCCAGCACCUUUUACUUUUGACUUUGAUGGGUGUGAGCUCCCCGCAGGGUACUGCCCGCUGACGCCAGCACAGUUCACUAACACCAUCUCGGCCUGUCCAAAGUCAGCCAGUUACUCCUUAGAAUGCACUGAUGAGAAAACUCUGGCGGUCAGCAAUGCAAAGCAGAGUCAUUCGUGUCCUGCCUUACCUCCUCGGGCACCUAAAUCAGGUGAAGAGAAACCAGCUUUAGACACGUGUCCUUUGCCACUAAAAAUAGAUGGUGCCGAGGAGGAAUCCAAAACUGGUUCACCAGACCUCUUGGAAGAUCAGUAUCUCAUUAAAAAGGGUGUGCAGGACACUUUCUCUCUGUCUUAUCCUUUCUCGUCUCCCCUCCACCUCCAGUUAGCACCAAGGUCUUGCGGGGAUGGCUCUCCCUGGCAGCCACCCACGGACCUUUCUGGACUCUCAAUAGAGGAAGUGUCUAAAUCACUGAGGUUUAUUGGUCUAUCAGAAGAUGUCAUAUCUUUUUUUGUUACAGAGAAGAUUGACGGCAAUUUACUGGUUCAGCUUACAGAAGAAAUCCUUUCAGAAGACUUUAAGCUAAGCAAAUUGCAGGUUAAGAAAAUACUGCAGUUCAUUAACGGCUGGCGGCCAAAAAUGUGAUGCUGGCUAGUUUUUAAUGAAACUGUACGAGGUGUGCUAGAUGCACUUCAGCUAAUACAUCACUUCCUGUUUUUUGCACUAAAAGCCCUUCAUGUAAAUAGUAGUAGAAGAAUUCUUACUAUGCAGAUAAAACUUUGAGCGGUGAACAGAUUUUUUUUUUUUGUAUGUCAAUAAUAAAAGUAGAGAAUCUGCAGAGGUGUGCCUUGUGCAUCCCUGAACAUUCAACAGCUGCUAAAAACUGGACAUUAAGGGAAUUUUUACUCUGUAGUCUGUUAAGACUUAAUCGUAUUUAUUACUGAAUAAUUUGAUGCUGAAAGACACACACCAAUCCAGUUUACAGUUUUGUGUUAACUGCAAAAAUAUAUCUCUUAAGGGAUUAUUUCUGUUCAAGUAAUAUUUGGCAACAUGCUGUGAUUUUUUUUUGUUGCUUUUCUAUUAACAAAAAGUAUGUUCAGAUACACAAAAACAUCUUUUUUGACACUACAUCUGAAAAUGUUAAGAAUUGCUGUGAAGUGCUUCUAAUACGCUGUUCUUGCUGCAUAUUUUUAUUAACAGUAUCUUCCUGACUACCUGUAACGUGGAUACGUUUUUCAUGUUACUUUGAGCAAAAAGAGUUAAAUAUUUUAAAACAAAAGUCUGGUUUAGUUCAUUGCCCAAAGAGGGGGAGAAGGGGGGAUUUUCAUACUGAGCCACUCUGCUCUGGCCAAUUAAAAGUUUAUGACCUGUAGAUUUCAAAAGUUGCUUUUGUAGUCAGAUGGCUGGAAUAAGUAGCAGGACUUCUGGUUGUGCAGCUUUCUCAUGGGAAAGGCAGUUCUCUUCACAAACUCUUCCCUCAGCAGAUCCUGCCUGUCACAGCCAUGAGCAUGUAAGUCAGAGGUGGCUUCUUGUUCAUCCAGCUCCACUGGCCCUGCUCUGGCAAAAAGAAACCCUUUGUAUUUCCUCUGCUGUGGUUGUGAGCAUCUGAAAAUGUGCUCCACGUCCUGUCCUAUUCAUGCGAUCGGAUCUGUGUAGGCAGGUGAUAGUACUCCUGUGGGAUGCCCUUGAAAUAAAACAUUAAGGAGAUGGAAAGGAACAGAAGCAGCACAUGCCAUACAGAUGAGAAUGGGCCAAGUGAGAAUUUGAGCCUUGCCUCUGGGAAAUGCUUGAGAAGUUUGAAAUUUCACCUACCUUGUUUGCAGUUGGCCAGGAGGGUGUGGGUUGUCACUUAGGGUAUCAAAGUGGAAGGAUCUCUAGCAUCUUAAGACACUUUAAUUCAAUUGCCCGGUUGCAAAAACUCACUGCUGCAAUAGAUGUUGCACAGAAAUAGCAGUCAAGUGAAUGUAGAAAUGGGAAGGGGGCCUUCGGCUGCCCUUUGAGCCCUUUCAAAUUUAGCUGCUCAGAAAGCUAGAAACCCAUUAACUCAAUAGUCUGUUAUUGCUUUCCUGUGGCUGGCAGAGCUCUCAGAAAUGGCCAAGUACUGUAUGCAAGGAUUUGUGGAGAUGGUGAGAAAUCAAUCUGUAGACUCCAGACUCCAUCCUCCACACCUCAUUUGAGAGGAUCCUCAGGGGGCCAGUGCCAGGGAUGCCAGAGUGGCUUCACACUGUUCUGGCUGGCCCCUUCACCUGCUGAGCAGAGCCCUGGCUGGGGUGAGAUUCUCAUCUGCAAUUUUUACGUUUUUGUAGUAUAAAGAUUCUCUCUCCCUCCAUUGUAGGGCACAUGGUGAGAGCAUCAAGAAAAACAGAGCAGGGGGCAAAAAUGGAAGGCUGAUUUUGCCUGUUUUCUCAACAAUGUUGACUCAUUUUUAAAAAAGCAUGCCUGCAAAUGGAGUUUUUUGUGACCUGGGCAAAUUUCAUGGCAUGUCUCUACGUUGACAUGAAGUUUUACUUGUCUUGCAAUAGUGCAUACCACCAGUUCUUAAGCAGAAAGUAAAUUCCAAUUGAUAUAGGUACUAGACUGCAGUAAGCCAAAAAGUACCCUAGUAGAAACCCCAGGCAUUCAUAGUCUUCCUGUUUUUUGUAAUGUAUUGACUUUUAGCAAUAGAUCAAUAGUUAUUCCUGGAUGUUUUUUACUUAGCAUCUUAAAAUAUUUUAACUACAAGUUAGACUAAAUCAAAUUCAAGUACUGUUCAUAUGUAUGUGCUUGUUGCACACGCAACUUAAAAUCAUUGCUUUUUAACCCAAAAGAAUAUCAGCCCUGAAAGGGCCAAAUUUUAAACAUCAAAUAUCUCUCUCUGUUUUGCUUGGAUUAUUAAUUCCAGGGAAAAAAGUAUAUAUAUAAAAAAAGGAAAUUGCAAUUUUGAUUAUAUUAAUAUUAAACAUCUCUGAGAGCCCUGGGAUAUUAGUGUCCCUCAGAAAAUAGUAUUCUUUAACUGUGAACUGAUGCUCUCUGCUUUACCUAUUUGGAAUGAUUUUUGUUGCAAACAGCCUGGUGGAAUUUGCAUUUGUGCGUUUGCAGCAUUUAAAUCGCAUGUGCAUAGACCAAAAUAGAACUGGCCAAUAGAAAGGUACAGGAUGUGUAAUGAUUUCAGAAGCGGGUCAUAUAUGCCAAACUACGGCUAAAACCUCAAAAUUGCAAACUUGCUAUUAAUGUCCUUGCAAUUGUCUUAUUCUGAUUUGGCACUGCUUGCCUAUUUUUAUGCAUAAUAUGUUAGUGUUUGACCUUUACUUUGCCAUUAGCAGCUCAGCGGCUUAAUUUUUCCAAGCCUUUUUUAGUGGUUUAGGUGCUUCUAACCGCUGUAUUAUGCGAAUGAUAUGACUGUGGCAUGGAGCCACCUGCUUUGAUGCCCAGGAUGGGCCUCAGUGUCUGCUCCGCUAUAACCAAGACAGUAACGAGCAAACCAGCCAGCCCAAUAGCUUGGCUUACACCUCUCCACCACCUGGGGGAGGAAGCCAGGAUAUGGCAGCGCUGAGACGGAUGGGAUCUAAUUUAUUCACUUUCCUCUUGAGCUUAGCUGCCAUGGUAGUAGGGGCUCGGGUCUGCCAUUGGUGCUGUAGACGGCAGUCUGAAUAUGGCGGACUGAUUUGAACGGACCAGUCUGACCAAAAGUCCCUGGCAUUGACGGAAUGGUGGCAUUUCUGAAAUGGGACAGAAGCAGAGAAGUCCUUUCAGCCCGAGCAGAGCAAUACGUGGUCCCUUUAGAAAGAUGGGGGCGUCAAACCUAGAGGUUUAAAUCUAUAAAAAGUUACAAAAUGCUACACUACGUAUGGUACUUCAAGAGGGAGAGUUGUUUUAAUGUUCCCUCAGGGAGUUGCUUUAAUGUUUCCACUGUGAUUAGAGUGUCUGAAAGCUCUGGGGAAUAUCCCUGUGAUAUAAACUUUCUACCAGCUGAAGUCAAUAGGAGGAGACACCACUCAGCAUUUGAUAAGACUCGCCUUCAAUGAAUUUGAAGCAUGUGUGACUUUGUGUAAUUUGUAGCAGAUCUGCCUUGUAAUUUCUCGUCUGUGUUUAAGGGCGACACUGUGAUUUGAGAGCUUAUUAACGACUCAGUGUACUCAUGGGUGUUACUGAAAUCUUUUUGAAUCUAAAGAGGUUGCAGAUCAUGGUCUUUUAGUGUUUGGUCUAAAUGAUGUACUUAGCUAGAUAUGUAUUUUGAACGCAAGUAAGUUUAUAUUAAACAGACUUCAGUUUGUCGUUGGGAAGUGGUACUAGCUCUUUUUCCUACCUAUCCAGGGGUUUAUUAUUGGCCUCAGAGACUAUCCGUGCUGCUUGGUUACACCUUUACUAGUCACCUAAACAACACCAGGACGCGGGCGCUCUCUCAUGGUACUCCACUGCUGUCAAACUGUUAGUGUGGGCUCUUGCGUGGUUUAGGUGCAAAUGAAGCAGCCUACACAAUGGCAGAUCCCAGACAGCUCCCAAGCAUGGGUGAGAGGAUAGCAAUGCCCAGCUGUUCCCAAAUAGCAAGUUGGAUAAAACCAGUCUUGUUUUGGGGAGUAAUGGAGUUUAACCAUGUCCAUGUGAGCUGUCUUAGUUGUCCUUUGGGGCUGAGAAAAGUCCCUGGUCCAUUUUAUUUACUAAUAGAGAUGUAGCCAUCAAGUUCAGACAAUGUGUGUCAUGCAAGAGCAGGCCUAACUUCUUUUACUUUUUGAAGACACUGCUGAAAUAGGCUAGUUCUAGCCUGGACUUCUUUUCUCAUGUUAAAUAAAUGUAAGGCAUCUGAUGUUUAUUUAGUUAUCAAUGUUUGAAGUUGUGUGUUGUCAUUGGGGUUUUUGUUUGUCUGGGGGUUUUGGUAGCAGAACAUCUGGAAUGUUACUAUGUAUGGAGUUGUCUUUUUAUCUUGCACCAGGAAAUAUAUCCUUUCUAUGCAACGUUCACAGGGCACGAGUACUGACGUUUCCUUCAGCUUUGAGAACUGGAUUCUAGCACGAGGGAUUUUGCAGAAAUGGUAAUAGCAUUGGCAGGGGGAGGGAUGAGGAGAAGACUUGAGGGGAAAUGCUGUUUUCCUUUAAAUACUCAUUGUGCCUAGGAUUAAGAUUCUUCUGUAUUGCUGCCUCUCUGGCUAACCAAAGCUGUAUUGAAAUCAAGUCAAAGUGCAUAUUUGCAUUCGUAUUCUUGCUGUAUUAUAAAAAUAGCUUAGGGCUAGAAAUUUAGAGACAGAAAACAUUUGGUCCAUCUAAAAUUAGAAGGAAAAUGUGUUUUGAAGCAUUCCUUGCAGCCAGAAGCAAGGGAUUGAAGUAACUGUAUAUUACAUGAGUUUUUUUGCAAUACAACAGUUUUACUUGCCACUUUAAUUGACUUUAUUCCACAACAACAGCUUCAAGAGACACAGUGUACAUAGCAAUACUGUUUAAAAAACACCAUAUUUCAAAUCUGUGUAUAAAUACUUGAAGUGUUUUCUCCUGUGUUUUCUUCUUGAAUCAACUCCUUGAUUGUCACCAUGCUAAAUAAAGUGAGCUGGAACCAGUUAUUUGUCUGAUGGUAGUGACAUGGGUGCACACGGGAAAGUCAAGGACACCAUGCCCAGUGGGUGCCUGUGUGCAACACAGGUCAGCAGGUUGUUGUUGCCUGUGGGCCACAUAAGGAGCGCACCACAUUAUGUAAAAGCCAAACACCAGCCCUAUGGGAAGGGGCAAAGGCUUGGCCCAGCUCUGCUGGCUCAUCUCUUUGAUGCUCUGAAAGGUGCAGUGUUCCCAUGUACGAACUGGAAGGUACGAAUGAAAUCUUAAUCACAGUGAGGGAUUGUCCAUUUUAUUUGUGCUACUAGGGAUGUCAGGGCGGCAAGCAAAUUCAGACCCCUUGCUCAGGCCUAGCAAAAAAUGACUCCUGUUUUGUUCUGUCUUAAACUCCUAGUAAUCCAGGAGUUGUACAGAUUUUACCAUUUCUGCGCAUAAUAACCAAAUUUUCAGAGUAAAAAUCUGCAGUGAUUCUCUUGACUUGGACAAUCUUCUGAAUUAUAUUAAAAAUAAGAAUUAUUUGUUAGUUGUUAGGUCUUUAGAUUCACUUUGGGUAGGUCAAAAAAGUAACUUUGGGGGGGAAAAAAGAGAAAGCCCCAGAACUUUGGCUUAGUACAUUUCCGUUAUAAAACGAAGCAUGGUUUUUGUGGAAUUCUGUGCUGUUUUGGACUUUUGUGUAAAAGGCUGAAGGCAGAUUAUUAUUUAAACAAGGUGCAAAUAAGUAUCCCUGUAAUGUAUAUGAACAAAUUUAAACAGUGUAUUGUAAGUAUAUAAACUGUAUAUUAAAGACACUAUUUUCAUGA